CUACGGUACAACUUUGUUUUUAUAUUCGGGAUCGAUGCUUUUAUGGGCUUUGCUUUUUGAUCAGGUCUGAUUUAGCGAAUCUGGGUCUCUGUUUCAACUUAAUUUGGCUCUGAAAACACUUUAUCUUUUUCCUCCGCUUCGGUGCUUUUGUGGGUUUUGCUCUAAUUUAUGUGUCUGUUGUUUGUUUUAAUGAUCAAAGAGGUGAAUUGAAUCGAAUGUAUUUGUUGGUAUCUUUCAAUUUCUCAAGUUUGUUGAAUCUUCAGUUUGAUACUGUGAUCUGAAAUAUCUGAGCUUUAUACUUUACCCCGUCGUGUUGGUAACGACAAUGUAUGUAUCUGGGCUCUUGUCAUUGGUUCAUACUUAGGAUAAUGAAUUUCUAAGUUCCAUCUUUAAUCUUUGUGUGUUUCUUGGUGUUUGAUCUUGUACGUAUCUGAUUUGCCAGGAAACUAUGAUGAUUGAGAUGUUCUUGAUUUUUACAUCUGCUUCAACAGUUUUUGAGAGUCAAUAUUGAAAAUGCAGCUCUUUUGCUCUCCUUUCAGGUUUCACUACGUUGAGCAUGGAAGGGGAGAAUACUAUUAUGGAAGAAGCAGUUGUUAUGGAAGAUUCCUAUGAUGAUGGAUUUAGCUGUGGAGAUGCACAAGUUGAGCCUCGUGUUGGAGAUGAGUUUCAGGUCGAGAUUCCUCCUAUGAUGUCUGCAUCUGAGCGUGCUGUGUUUCUUUCCACUCCUGUUGCUGCUUUGGAUGAUUCUUCUUACUCCUUUCUCGUCGGACUACCUGUCCAAGUAAUGUGGAUUGACAAACGUAGAAGAGGACAAGGAAAUGGAGAUGAUAACGUUGACAUGAACCAAUCUUUGAAAUCUUUAAGAGCCAAGAAAAGCCGUUGCUCUGCCAAGAACAGAGGCAAGAAGAGUGACAAGAGUUCUGAAUCCAAGAAGCAAAGACUGAAUCUUGAGGCUGUUCCUGCGAUACCGUCCAGUUCUUGGGAAGAUGUUGAAGUGGCUAGCUUUGUUCUUGGUCUGUAUACAUUUGGGAAGAACUUUACUCAGGUGAAGAGUUUCAUGGAGACCAAAGCAAUAGGAGAGAUUGUGUUGUUUUACUAUGGGAAGUUCUACAACUCUGCUAAGUUCCACAGUUGGUCUUCAUCUCGCAAGAAACGGAACCGGAAAUGUGUGUAUGGAAGAAAGCUCUAUUCAGGUUGGAGGCAACAACAGUUGCUAACCCGUUUGAUGCCUUCUAUUCCUGAUGAAGCUCAGAAGAAGAUGCUCGUAGAUGUCUCAAAGUCAUUUGCUGAAGGUAAUAUCACUCUGGAGAAAUACGUAAACACAGUGAAGAAUCUUGUGGGUCUCAAGCUUCUGGUAGACGCUGUGGCGAUUGGUAAAGAAAAAGAAGAUCUCUCAAUUCCUACAUCAACACCAAUGAAGACCAAACCAUGGUUUACGGUUUCUUCAAAACCUUCCUCGGUCCCGGGCUUAGGGGAUUACAAUUCACUCACAUCUGCUGGCAUUAUAAAACAGUUAACUGGCGGCAGUUCACGUCUGAGCAAGGCCCGUUGCAAUGAUAUAUUCUGGGACGCUGUAUGGCCGCGUUUGCUAGCCAGAGGAUGGCGUUCAGAGCAGCCUGAGGACCAAGGCUAUUUAAGAUCUAAGGAUUACAUUGUUUUCAUUGUCCCUGGCGUGAAAAAGUUUUCAAGACAGAAGCAUGUCAAAGGCGAUCAUUACUUUGAUUCCGUCAGUGAUAUUCUAACAAAGGUUAUUUCAGAGCCUGAGCUUCUUGAGUUUGAAACAGGAGGAGAGAUCAGAGAAGCGACCGCCAAUGGAUUCGUUGUUGCAGAGAACUCUUCUGACCAAUCAGAUGAAGAGUCUUCCCCAUCUGGUAGUCAAAGAUACCGUUACCUCAGGUCUCCAUGCUCUAACCGUGGAACUCUGGGAAUGAAAUUCACUGUUGUGGACACUAGUUUGGCUGCUGGAGGAGGGAAGUUGUGUGAAUUACGAAAUCCUCAUUCAGUGUCUUUAGUUUCUGAGCCAAAGACUCGACUAGGAGGUAAAGAUUCUUCUGCGCCUAAAAUUUCCCUGGAGAAUCAGAAUGUGGAAAAGUCUCAAGUGAGGCCUCUAGAAGUCAAGAACCAAGUAAAUGAGGAAAUGCGAUUCACGAUUAUUGAUACGAGUGUAGACCACAGUGGAAAGGUAUCUGGGUUUAGGAGAUGGAGACAUUUACCAAGUGAUGACACUAAAAGUGGUUAUGUAGGUGCUGAUUCUCCUAUAAAGGAGGAGAAGGCUUUGGGGAAGGUUAAGGAUCGAUCAAAGAGGUCUAAGCACAGGUCUACGUCUACCCCUCGAGCAGAAACUAGCUAUCAUUCAGUAAAUUCUGCACCAUAUUUAAAACGCAGACGGCUCAGUGCUUGCAUUUCAAGAGAAAGUCCAGUGUCCAAACAUUUACCGGGUGAUGAUGACACAAAAAACACUGUUUGUCUUGAAUCAGAGCAGAAAGAUACAUGUGCAGUCCAACACCAAAAUAGCAGUUGUGAAGAGAUGAAUGAGGACAAAGAGAUAUAUGAAACCAAGUUGUCGGUUGAGCAUAUGAACUUAAAGUCUGAUGAACCAGUGAAGAUUGAAACUGGGCCGUCUUCUCCGCCUAUUGAGAUUCACGAAGCGUCAGAGAUUGAACCAAGUGGGUUAAAUUCUUCUAUCUCCGGUGUAGACAAGCACUAUUCUCCAGAGAAGAUAAGAACACCCCAAAAACACAUUUUUUCAGAUCAAGAACCAAAGAGGGUCUGGUCAGUGUCAGAGUCAGAAAAGAAACGCCCUUCCAAUGAUAUGGAACAAAAGCAAGCAGUUGAGCUCCCUUCGUUGUCAGGCUCAAAUACUAAUAGAUGUUCUUCCAAUGGCCUCGGAACUACUCAAGAAGUGGGUUCAUCUGAACAACAACACGACCAACAGAUUAAUACAGAUGGUCCAAGAAGACAGAGCACAAGAAAACGACCAUUGACCACCCGGGCCCUGGAAGCUCUUGAAUCCGGAUUUCUUACAACCAAGAAAAUGAAAAGCACAAGUAAACCAGAGCCGAGAAAACGUGAAGGUUCAACGAAGAAAAAGCGCUCCGCUAAAGCGUGUAACAGAAAUGGGAGUGCAGAUUCGGAGCACAGAAGAGAAGAUAGAAGCAGUUAUGUAAAGAAAGCACCAGUAAGUAAGCCCUUGGAUCAGAUAGAGGAUUCAAAGCCUAGCUAUCUUCUCAAUGAAGCAAGAGCUGAGAGUAAGGCUCUUGAUCGAAUACAGGAUUCAAGGCCAGUCCUAACCGAAUACCCUAAACUUCCACCGAUUGUUUUGAAGUUUCCAUUCAGGCGUGGCUAAGGAGCUUCAGGGACUUAAGUCUGAAAGUUUUUGACCAUUGGGGUGUGGGAAGAUUGGCCUUGCUGAAGAAUAAAUGUGUAUAGAAGAGAUGUUUUUACAAGGUUUUAUUCCAUAAUCUUUGCUAUUUUUCUUAUUAUUUUCAUUGUUAGUCAGAACUCAGAAGUAAUGUUUCUAUUAUUGGUUUGCUUGGGAGUUAUUUAAAGAAACUUUUCAUAUGGACUAAUAGUAAUGAUGGUUAUGU